GGUACCUUUGUUAUGAAAGGAAUACAUCCGUUGGUCUGAAAGAACGGUUGCCGAAACACUAUUUAAUUAACGAAAAUCCGAAGGGGUCGGGUUUACACGUAGGGUCGGAAUAUCACCAAUCUACCCUAUCUGGCAGAGUUGAAAAUGGCAACUUUUAAAAUCAGGCCAGCUGCAGUUGAAGACUGCGAGGAGAUUUUCCGCAUGAGCGAGGAACUAAAUAUUGACGAGAAGCUACCAGGAUCCUCGGAGUAUGUGACUGUUGAAAGUCUUAAACAAGGCGGCUUUGGAGAUGAGAAAUUCUUUCAUGCAAUUGUUGUCGAAACAAUUGAACCAGCAGAUGGGUUGCCAAAGAAGAACACGGAAGAGGAAUCGACCAAUCAGAACUGUUCGACAGACAAUUCAACGUUGCCCGAUAGUUUGGUGGAAAAAGCAGCGAACCAAAGAUCGCGUCUGCUAGGUUACGCUACCUACUCGUUUUGUUUCGGAACCUACGGACCCGGGCGAGUUUUGUUUCUACAGGAUAUAUACGUGGAGAAAGAACAUAGACGGAAAGACAUCGGGAAGGCUUUGUUUAUUGAACUGGCUAAGAUAGCUUUGUCGAAGAGGUGCCAGGAAGUUAAUUGGCACGCCUUUUCCUGGAACUCUGGAGCCGUGGAAUUCUACAAGAAACUCAGAGCAACAAACGCCACAACGAAAAUCAACCUACACAGUUUCUUCAUGGACUAUAAAGACAUAUCGAGGCUUGUUACCGAGUCAAAGGAGGCUGACCAGUGAUCCUAGCCGAGUCGUUUGUAAAUGGUAUCUGUUUUGACCCCAAUACACUUUGACAGUUGAAUACACAAGUAAUUAAUACGAAUAUGUUUAUUUGAAUUGCCGAUCAUGUCACAGUAACGUUUUUCAUCUUCGGUUUAUACAUGCAUGUACAACGAACAAAUUCAAAAUGCGUGUGUCGUCCUCACACCUGUUUGGUAUUGCUAUUGUUUAUAUGACAAUGUGAAAAAAAAGUGCAAUUUAAGUAUACUACUUAAAAAAAAAUAAAAGUCAAGCAAUUCAAA